AUGUUUUUUAAUAAAUCACAAAGUACAGGAUAAUUUCGUUUAUAACUGGCAUCAACAACAAGUAGAUCUAAUUUUAAUACCAAAAUAUUAAGUCCAAAAUUCAAUCGAAGUUUCAGUCCUAAAUAAAAUAUCGAACUUAUAGAAAGUAAAUUCAUUGCAAAAUUAUUUAGUAAAAAAUAAUUUUCCAUAAAGAGAGAUGUUUUUUGAGAUUUAGAGACUUUGGGAAGAAAACAAGAUCCCAGAGAUUCAUUAGAAGUAUUAUUACUUUAUUUUAACUUCUAAUCUUGCUAGUUAAGAAUAUUUAAUGAGGUAAGAGAUUGAAAGCUAUAAAUUAAAUGGAAGUAUUAUCAAGACUUUGCAUCAAUUAACAAUUAGUAGAGAGAUUUGUUUAAAAGAAGCUUUAGCAAUCUAAUAGAGUGAGAAUAUUAUAGAAUUUGUAUGCCUUAUUUCAAAUUUUCUUUACGAUCUUAGGAAAAUUACUUUAAAUUUGAUAGAGUACUAAAGAAAGUGGGUGAAUAAAUUAUACAUAUAGUAUGCAUAUAAUUACUAGUGGAUUUAUUAAGGAGAAAAUUACAUUAUGAAAAUAAAGAAAGAUCAUAAAUUGCUUUUUUAAAUGCAUCCUGUUUUAAUGAAAUUCUUUCAUAUGAGUGAAAGUGUGGAUGAUAUUUUUUAUUUGGGAGUCAUUAAUUAAGCUUAUGAAAGAGAUUUAGAAUAUUUUGAUUAUUUAACUAAACAUAAACUUGAUAAAAAAUAUGUGAAUAGAAUUAAAGAACUAGAGACUUAUGUAAGAGUUAAAUUAACAGGAGAAUUAUCAGAAAAUAAAAAUAAAACUUUACUUUAAACAAAAACUAAUUUUCUAAGUACAAAGGAAUUAUAAAGUGGAUAAAUUACAUCUAGAAAAGGAAGUAUAAAUAAAUUCUAAAUGGAAUUGCCACCUCUUCCAGAAUACAGAAGUUAAGUCAUUUAUAAAUAGGAUGAUAUUUCAUUUAUUAUUAAAGAUUGGCCAAUUAAAGAUAUUCCUUAAAUUCUGAGUUUUUGGCUUUCAACUAAUUUUGAAGAUUUUCAUAAAAGUUUCUUACAACCUUCUACUUAUAUAUAGGAAACAUUAAGUUAUGGAUUAGAAGCAAUAAUGUUAUAAAUAUCUGAUUUAGGAAUUUUAUUGGCAAGUAUUGAAUAGGAUUGUGAUAUUAGAAAAUGGGUUAUUCAUUUAAUAGUUUGUAAGGAAUAAAUAUUUGAUAAAAUUAUACAUCAUUUUAUAAGAAUGCUUAUAAAUAAUGGAGAUUCUUUUGAAUAAUUGGGCAUUAAUUUAACAUUAUUAGAAUGUUUUGAGUAUAAUCUUAAAAUAUUGAAUUUUUAAUUUUGUAAAAUCAUAUCAAUAGAAAAUCUGAAGGUUAAUUAUACUUAAUAUGUUCUUGAUAUUAAAAGGACAGAAUAAGAAUAAUAAAGUAUAUCAAUAAUUUAUAAUCCUAUUUGUUUUAUAUAUGCUAGAGUAUUAUCACGAAUCAAAAAAUUAGUAUUAAAUAGUGAUGAAGAAACAAUGGAAGCUUAAUUCUGUGCUAAUUUGGGAAAGUCUAAUUUAAUAAUAUUUGACACAAAAACUUAAGAAAUAGCUAAAAAUUUAGUAGUAAGAUAUCAAAAAUAACACAAUUUUAGAAAUAGAAAAUUUAUGGAUCCUCGUUUUCUCUAAUCUAAAAUGUUAAGGAUAUUACAAAGGUAUGUCCUAGAUUUAAAUCUCCAAUACGAACUCCUGUGUAUUUAUAAUAUUUCAAUAUGAAUUUACAAUUUCUUGUAUUUUCAUCUGAAAUUCACAAAUAAACUCAUUAACCUUACAUUAGAUUUUCAUCAGUAUAUUUUUUCUUAUUAAAAAGAGAUCCAAAGCAAGUUUAGAAGAUGCAUCAUUAUUAUAAUUAUCAAGCAAUGAAGUAAAUAACCUAAGAAAAUUGUAUCUAAUAUCUACUACAGAUCCUUUUAUUAAAAUGUAAAAUAUCAAUAUAAUCAAAAUUAGAUAUAUUUUUGAAUUGAAAAAUGAUGAAAUUACAUUAAAUCUAUAGACUAUUGUUAAUGAACUUUUUGAGAAAUAUGAUUAAAAAAGUCUAUCAUAAUAUAAUAUAUGGCUUCCUUUUUUUAGUUGUGUUGGUAAUAGAUAAAAUUUAACAAAUUCAUAAUUAUAAUCUUAUUUUACUAGCGAAACUUAUUUUGAAAUCAAUUUUCCUAGAAUAGGAAUGAAUAGUGUUAAUUACAGUUUUGAAGGAGAGAAAUUAAUCAAUUUUCCAUUUAUAAUAGGAAUUGUCUAAUCAGAUUUAGAAUAAAUAAAUAAACCAAUAUUUUCAAUGUUAGUAUAAAAAGAGGAUAUUAUAAAAAAAUGUGAACCUAUUUAAAUAGCCAAAAAGAUGGAAAAAGACUUCGAAAUAUUGGUAAUGCAAAUAAAUCCAAAAGAUAUAGAAUUAAGAAUUAAAGAAAUAGUUAGAUUUUCAUGUUAGAUCACACAAGAUUCUUUUGAAAAGGAUUCUCAAAAACUAAUUAAUAUUAUGUAUUAUUAGUAAGAGUCUUGUGUAUUGUAAUUUUUUGUAGAAAACUUGGUUUAAGGAUAUAGUUUAUUAUAUGUAGAUUAAAAUAAGGUGCAUGAAAGAGUUUGGAUUAUAGAAAUGAUAUCAUGCAAAUCAGAAAUUUUCUUUGAUAUAUUUUUAACUCAAAUAGUUGAUUUGGUUUUUAGAUAAGAUUCAUCUGCAUCAGAAAUAUUAAUUGCAUAAGUUAGAUAUUAAUAUAAUUAUAUAGAACCAUUACCCAUAAAAUAAUGGAUAGAUUAUAGCUAAUAAAUACAUCUCAGAGUCAAUAAAGAAAGUUGGAUUUAAGUGGAGAAUAGUUGAAAAUGAUUAUAAAACUCAAAUAAGGAGGACAAUAUUUACAAUAAAACGAUCAAAUUAUUAGUAAACCAUUAUUUAAAUCAAUAAAAUAGUUAACCUAAAGUAGAACAGAAUAUAUCUAUAAAAUUUAAUUCAUAUUACUCACUCUAAUAAUCUGAAGCAAGAAAUGAAGAAACCAAUACUUUAAGUUAUCUAAAGUCAAAAACCAUAUUUUAGUUUGCUGAAGAUUGUUUUCAUUACAAUUUGCAUAAGCCAUAUGAAUAAAAUUAAUAUAUAAUUGAAAAGGUAAAGAAUAAUUUAGCUUCACUACCUAUGACAUAAUUUACAGAAUUUAAAAAUGAAUAAGAAGUUCAUUAAUACUUUGAUAAAUUAACAUCAGUUCCUACAAUUGAUCCAAAACAUACUUAAGUGAUGACAUAAUACACAAAUAUUUAAUUGAAAUGGCUUAGAUCUAGAGAAAUUAUAAUAGAAGGAUCAAAAUAUAUAGAAGUGCCAAAUGAAUAGAAUUUCAUUUAUGUUUCCACUUUUCCUAAAAUGAAUCGUAGAAUUUAUUAUGUGAAAUUGUUUAAUCCAGGAUAUUUCUUUUUUGCAAUGGAAGUGGCUUAUAAUCAAAUUGAAUCUAUUCGAAAUGAUUAUAUCAGAUUUACUGAAAGAAUCUAUUAAGUAAAAAUUAAGAUCACUUUUAGGAAUUUCAUAAUAAAUAACCAUAAACUUCCUCUGAUCUCUUCAUACCUUAAUUCUAAACUUGUCUAACUAUAACUGAACCAGCUCCAAAUUGGUCCUUUAUUAACUUCUCCUUGAUUUUUAAUCAUACUAUCAAUUAAACUAUCAUUAAAGACUUAGGUAAUAGAACUAUAAAAUUGUAAAUGCCAAUCUUAUCUGGUAUCAUUCAAGAAGAUAUAGGUUUAAGAUAUGAAAAACCCAUAGUAGCUUUUGUUGCUUCAGAAUAUUUUGAUUGA